AUGUCUGGACUUACCCAGCAAGAAAUCGACGACUACAAGGAGGCUUUCCAGCUCUUCGACAAGGAUGGCGAUGGUGAGAUCACCACCGCCGAGAUCGGCGAGAUCAUGAAGUCUCUCGGCCUUAACCCCUCCGAGGACGAGCUCGAGGAUAUCCUGAACGAGGUCGACGUCGACAAGAACGGCUCCGUCGACUUCAAUGAGUUCGUCGCCAUGAUGUCGCGAAAGCACCAGAGCGCCGACCCCGACCAGGAGCUCCGCGACGCCUUCAACGUCUUUGACCGCGACGGCACUGGCACCAUCUCCCGCGACGAGCUCCGCAACGUCAUGAAGUCCAUUGGCGAGCACCUCACAGAGGAAGAGCUCGACGAGAUGCUCAAGCUCGCCGACGAGAACGGCGACGGACAGAUCGACUACGAGGAGUUCGUCAAGAUCAUGGGCCACGGCGGCGGCCAUUGA